GACACAGAGAGUAUAUUUUUGCGUGUGGGGGAUGUUAUUGUAAAGUGGAAAGUGAUAAUGGGUUGUAGACAAUUUUUGUCAGUGUGUGUGGCGGUGGCGUGUUUAUAUUUGGCUGUAAUUGCACAAGCACAGGACCGGACGAAGAGCAUACCCAGGACAAGGUUCACGUGUGUCGGCCGGACUUCAGGAUACUACGCCGACGUGGAGGCAGGGUGCCAGGUGUACCACAUGUGCGAUGGCCUGGGCCGGCAGUUCAGCUACACCUGCCCGAACACCACACUCUUCCAGCAGAGAAUGCUGAUCUGCGACCAUUGGUACAUGGUCAACUGUUCUGCCAGCGAAGCUGAUUAUGACGCCAAUCUUCUUAUAGGUCAGCGUGACAAACCCUUCGUGUCAGAACACGACAUGCAGCUGCGGACCCCUCGCCCGGACAUACUCUCCGUGCCUCCCAACAGCAACUACUAUGAUGGCCUCAGAGAGGCGGAAACUAAGUACGCCAUCCACCCGAGCAACAGCAUCGUGGGCAUCCCCGACACCAUCUCCACCAACAACGGCCUCGACAGCGCCAAGCAUAGCUACCGCCCGCCCUCCUCCUGGUCCACAGGUAUCGGCAGACCCUCAAACCGACCCAACAAUCAACAGACGGAAGACACUUUCACUGGAGCCAGCGCAAAACGGCCCUCAAAUAUCCAAAAUCGUCCUGUAGAAAGACCAAGACCUACUCCUAACGUGCAAACGAAUCUACCUGAUGACGAUGAUAUAACUGGCGCCGCUUCUCAACGACCAAGCCCUACCUUCCAGCCUAACGUAAACACACAAAACAGCGGAUCAACAUUCCAAGAUUCUUCUCCAGUUUCUACUACUGAAGCUAGCUCUGAAGAAUUUGAGCUUGAUGUAAGAAUAAAAGACACAGUGGAUCCAGUUGUUAAUUUUAUCAACCGCUUCGACCCCAACUCUCCCGAUUCACAUAAAACUUCUAUGACGAAAACUGAGAUUAUUAGUCUGAAUCAGCAAUUACCUGAUGCUCAAGUCAGUUCAGAAGAAGAUCGGACACCAAGGAGGAAUAAAGAUAAUGGAAAUAAUGCUAAUAGAAUAGAAGUCCAAGGUAAAGGUGUGACAGAAAGCAGUAGAUUUGAUACUGUUAACAUCAAGCCUACUGACGCUUUCGACCCGUUAGCGCCUAGUAAAGAGCUUCAACCCCCUAAACACGACAGUACUGAUCCACCAACAUCAACUAUAGGACCUCCUAUUUAUUAUGAAUGGAAAUGGGCAGUGCCAGCUUUCGGUCUGGAGCCUCCUAAACUAGGCAAUAUAACUAAUGACAAUAACGACGCAGUGAUUCCUGAAGGGAGGAAUGCGGGAAAAAUCAAUCCAUUUAGCACAGUAACUAGACCAACACCAGUAGAAGUAGACGUGACUGCUAGAAACACAGAAUAUAACAUUAGUUCUUACUUCGUUCCUGACUAUGUCUUUCCUUUAGACAAGCCUCAUCCAGGAUAUGAUGAUGAGAAUGCCGAAACUUCCUUCAAUGUGAAAGUAUCCAGGCCUGGAAGGGCUAGUUAUGGGGAGAACCCUAAAUGCCCUCAAUGCCAUCCCGCGUACGUGGUGCCUGGGACUUGCGAACCCUGCGUGGUGAAGCGGUAACUCACAAGGCCAUAGAUGUAGUUUAAGCUUCAUCAGGGAGCGUGCGUGAGCUAUAGAG